GUGUACAGAAAUGAGCGGCGACGAUGUUCCAUCUAAGGCUGAUAUCCAGCAAAUAUUCCGUAAAUUACGGGCUUCACCAGCAAACAAAGUAUGUUUUGACUGUGGUGCGAGGAAUCCGACAUGGUCGUCAGUGACAUAUGGUGUUUUUAUAUGCAUCGACUGCUCAUCGGUUCAUCGCAAUUUAGGUGUUCAUAUUACAUUUGUGCGUUCUACUACUCUUGAUACUAAUUGGACAUGGUUGCAGCUAAGAGCUAUGCAAGUUGGUGGUAAUGUCAACGCAGUGCAGUUUUUUAAGCAACAUGGUUGUAAUUCAUCUGAUGCUCAAGUAAAAUAUAAAAGUCGCGCAGCAACUUUAUACAGGGAAAAACUAGCUAACUUAGCUGCUCGAGCCCAUCAGAAAUAUGGCACAAGUUUAAGUAUAGGUAAUGACGACCCUGAGGGGGCUGGAGAAGAUAAUGAGGAAGACUUUUUUGACCAGGAAUUCGUUGCACAUCAUAGCAAUUCUUCCUCAUCAAUUAGUCAAGAUGCUUUUAUACAACGAACGGUUGCGGAAAAAGGACCGAGCGUAGAGGGUUUGUCACUUCAAGAUUCAUCGAAUAACCAAGAAGACUUGAAAAGUAGUAUUAUAAUGAAGAAACCUGUCAAAAAGUCUACACUUGGAAGCAAAAAAGGCAUGGGUGCACAUCGUGUAAAAACAAACUUUAACGAACUCGAGAAGAAGGCCGCAAGUUAUGACAAUGAAAAAAAAGUGAUUCUCUCAAAUGACGCAAACGCUGAAUUAAAAGGAAAUGCGGUUGAAAAGACUUCAAUACCUUUAUCUUCAAAAUUAGUAAUGAGGGAUGUUGAACACAAACAGCUGCAAGCCGAGGCGAAAUUAAAAGCGUCAUUAGACUCCAGUAAGGCUGAAAUGGUGGAUAGACUUGGAAUUGGAGUGGGCGGCUUUGGUCGUGGACCUGUUAGUCAUUCUGUAGCAAGCGGUAUCAAGACAAUUGCCCAAGAAGGAGUUUCAAGGGGUUCAUCUUCGAAGUCUUUGCCUGUUAAGCGUGAUGACGAUUGGGAGGUCAUUGAAGACGAAAAGAAAGGCCUAGAUUAUACGGCAGAUCCUGAUGACGAUCUCUUCAGUGGCAAAUAUAAGAAAAAGCCACCUAAGGUUGAUGAAUUUUUUGAUUCUUGGGGUGCUGAGCCAGUUAGAAAGAACACCAGGCCACCUCAGGUAGUUAAUGAGACCUCCAGUGAGUCGGAAGCGCUUAAAAAAUUUACCAAUGCAAAGGCUAUUUCAUCUGACCAAUUUUUUGGUGGCUCUCAAGUCGAUUAUGAGACUCAAAGCCGCCUUAACCGUUUCGAAGGUUCAACGGGGAUUGGGAGUGCAGACUUGUUUGGUAACGGUGAAACACAGUCAAGUUCAUCGUAUAGUAGUCAAAUGCCUGAGAUGUCUGAUAUCAAAGACAGCAUGCGUAUAGGUGCUAUGAAAAUUGCAGGAAAAUUGUCUUCUUUGAGUAGUUCAGUCUCCUCGUAUUUAUCACGUCAGCCUUCGAAGACGUGAAU